CUCAAUUGAAAAAGUGUGAAAAAUUCUUAAACAAUGGUAAUUUUGAAGUGAUUAUUCAUGGUCUUGGUUCUGCCAUACAAAAAGCAUGCAGCUUGGCUUUACAAUUAAAGGAAAUACAUUAUGGUGGUAUAGAACUAGAUAUCAAAACAUCUACAAUACCUAUAAUUGAUGAUUUUGAACCUCUUGAUGAUAAUGCAGAUUAUGAAACAAUUAAUCGAAAUAAUUCAGCAAUACAUAUUCGUGUUUAUAGAAAAUUUUCAAUAGGUAUCCUUAAAUAUCAAGAAUAAAAUAUAAUUUUUCAAAAAAUAUUGAAGAUUUUUUAAUAAACAUAACUUAUUAAAUUUAUUUAUAAUAUGAUAAAUGAAAACAUAAAAUCAAAUUAAUAAUUGUAUCAAAUUUAAUCCCUUUAAAAUGAUAUUUUCUUUACAUGAAUUAGUACAUUGGUUGGGAUUAACAAUUUUUGAAAUAUGGAUAAAUUUAGUUUCAUUAACAAUCUUCACUGUGUUAUUAGCUCUUAAGUUGGAUGAUAAUUAUUUCUUGGGUCAUACAGGAUGGUGGAUAGUAUUUUCACCACUUUUUGUUGCAGAUGGUUUGAAUACUUAUUUUUGUGCAAUUAUUUUCAUAAGAAUGCAUUUGGAAGGAAUGACUAAAGCUGCUAUUUUAAGAGCAUUAUGGAGUAUUAUAUUAUUACUUUUAAUAUUUGUAUUUAAAUAUCUUUUGUGUAAAAAAUUAUCAGGUCAAAGUCCUUUAGAAUAUUCAGAAGUUUUAAGUCCUAUUUUUAUUCUUUUGCAAUUAAUUGCAGUUAGAGCAUGUCAACUUCAUUGACUACUGCAGAAUAUUAUUAUCUAUAAAUACAAAACUGCAAUAAAAUAUUCAUUUUAACUAUUAUGUAAAUAAUUUAUAUAUAUAAUAUAAAUAAUUACUAUCAAG